AUGAUGCGCUCCCCUAUUGCAGUUGGUCUCGGCCAGAACAUCCAGAAGAGACAAGUGACUUCAUCCCCCAACACCGAGGACCCCAAGCAGAUCCUCGUCCAGCAGCGUCUCCGCCGCCCUGUCGCUCCUCACCUGUCCAUCUACAAGCCCCAGAUCACCUGGAUCGGUAGUUCCCUGCACCGUAUCACCGGCUGCGCCCUCUCCGGCUCUCUCUACCUCUGGGCUACCGCCUACCUCGCAUCCCCCGCCUUCGGAUGGCACCUCGAGUCGGCCACCAUGGUCGCCUCCUUCGGUGCUCUCCCUGUCGCAGCCAAGGUCCUCCUCAAGUCCACCCUCGCCCUUCCUUUCACCUACCACUCCAUCAACGGUAUCCGCCACUUGGUCUGGGACACUGGCCGUGCCCUGACCAACCCUGCCAUUAUCAAGACCGGUUGGGCUGUCGUUGGCCUCAGCGUGGCUAGCGCCGUCGGUCUUGCUUUGAUUUAA